UGCGAACGUCGGUCUCGCGCGGAAUUUGUCUUCGCCGCUUUUUCAUAGUUCGCGGGAAACUGCCUGGCUACUUCUGACUGAAAGCUCUAUCCAACAGGAGCUAUGACUCUGUUUCACCAUGUUGUUGAUCGGGGAGAUGUAAAAAGAAGACGCAAUGGUCAGCGUCGCCACUAUCCGCUGUCCUCUCUGCUGGACGGGUACCAGUGCGCACGACACGAUGAACACAUCUCAUACGGAGCCUCAGCUGCUGCUGUGCCGCCCUUUGGAUGCACAUUUUCCUCCGCUCCUGGCCAACAGAACAGCCUUGCUGUUGCAAAUGAAGAAGGGUUUGUGACCAUCUUCAAUACUGGAGAAAAGCAGAGUUCUGUCCUGAAAGAGUGGCAGGCGCACGAUAAUGCAGUUUUUGAUAUUGCCUGGGUUCCUGGUGCAAACAGCUUGGUGACAGCGUCCGGUGACCAAACGGCCCGUCUGUGGGAUGUUGUUACUGGUGACCUGCUGGGAACAUUUAAAGGACAUCAGUGCAGUCUUAAAUCUGUGGCUUUUUCCAAGCAAGAAAAAGCUGUUUUUAGCACUGGAGGCAGAGAUGGGAACAUAAUGAUUUGGGAUUCAAGAUGCAGUAAAAAAGAUGGUUUCUACAGGCAAGUCAAACAGAUCACGGGUGCCCAUAUGAAACUUGAAAAAUACACUCCUCAAAUAAAGAAGAGGCGUGGGAUGGCGCCCCCUGUGGACUCGCAGCAGGGUGUGACGGUGGUUUUGUUCUGCGACGAGAGCAAACUCGUCUCUUCAGGAGCAGUCGAUGGGAUCAUUAAAAUGUGGGAUUUGCGGAAGAACUACACUGCACACCAGCCCAGCCCCCUCCCUCUGCAGGCCUAUCCUUACCCAGGCUCCUGCACACGCAGACUAGGUUAUUCUGGUCUGUCACUGGACUCCACUGGCUCCAGACUGUUCUCCAACUGCACUGAUGACAAUAUCUACAUGUUCAACAUCAGCAGUUUGAAAACAACUCCAGUUGCUGUUUUCAGCGGUCACAGUAACUCCUCGUUUUAUGUGAAGUCCAGUGUCAGCCCGGAUGACCAGUUCCUGGCCAGUGGUUCGAGUGAUCAUCAUGCUUACAUAUGGAAGAUUACCGAGCCAAAACAAGCUCCCAUGAUGCUUCAAGGCCAUAGUCAGGAAGUCACAUCAGUGGCCUGGUGCCCCACAGAUUUCACUAAGAUCGCUUCCUGCUCUGAUGACAACACUGUCAGGAUCUGGCGACUGAACCGCAGACCAGAUGGAGAAGAUUCAUUGAACCGAGAUCUGAACGUGGUCGGCUGGACACUUCGGAAAAUCCAGUCACCGACUAGGACACCUGACCCUUACAGCCCUGUUGAAGUCACUCCAGCCAAAAGUCCUGGCUCCGAGAGGGCCGUCUCUCUGGCUUCGCCCCAGCCUGCUGCUUGCGCCCCUAUGGGUGCUGAUUUACCCCUGCCAUCAAACACAUCUGCACCUUCGGCCGAAGUCAGCAGCCUCAAACGUCCCUCGUCCAUCCAGCAGUGGAUCAGCCGCAGUAGUUCCCCCACUCGCCGCGGUACACCUCCUCUGUGUAAGGUGCUCACACCCGUCCUCCAGAGCCCCUCCUCUGAACGUCGAGCGAAGCGACGACUGGAAACGGGUGAGAGAUCUGGUUUGGGAGAGGAGAGUGACGGGGUGUCUGAACUUUAUCCCAAUGUAAAGAGAAGCAGGAGUUCGGGGAGCACACGGAAAUGUCCAGAGGAGAAAGCGGAGCCAUUCUGUUUGCAAACAGAGACUCGGCUCAGCUCAGAUUGUCAAGCUGGCACGGGCAAAGAGAACCGCUCUCCGAGGAACUCUGAUUGGCUUUCUGUGAUCAGCCAGAGGUUUAAAGGAUCAGCUCAGCCAAGAAGCCCCAACGGCUGCAGCAAACGGCACGACGCAAGAACACACAGCUCUUCAGCAGCAGUCUCACCGUGUCCCAUGAGAGUUGUCUCUCCACCGCCAACCAAGAAAGCAUCACCCUCCAGACACAUGAAGAAAAUCUCCAGCUACUUUGUGAAAAGACCCCAAGACUGAUGUUUGUGUGUCGAGAGAUUAGUGUCAGUCAAACGACUCCUCUAUGGUUUGAGUUCAGGUCUGGUGUUUUUUUUUGCAGACCAAGCUUAUGUAUUUAUGAAUGUGAUGUGUGUGUAUAUAUAUUUUAUCGAAUUGUUUUUUUUUUUAAUAUGUACAAGUUUCAAAAUGAGUCAAAUUGCUAAUCAUUUUGGUAAACAUUACAAAACCAGAUGAAGUCAUUUGACACCGCAAGUAAACUCGACAUGUUUCUGAAGCUUCCACGUCCAUCUGUGGUGCACUGAAAAUAGUUUCGAGCUUCGUACAUGAUACGACGUGCAUUUAAAACCGUUGCAUAUAUGUCAAAUUCUAGGUGAAUUUAAUAUGCAUUGUGUUGGGCAUUUUUUGGACUUUCCGAGUCUGUGAUGCCCUUUGAGCUUGUCUGGCCGUGAACCACGGUCGCACUCUCAGUUCUGUAUUGAUUGUAAAGCAGCACUUUACAUAACAAAUCCAUUUUUAAUUAGCUCAGUGCUUUUUAGUUACUGAAUAUAUAUAAUGCAGUGAGUUUUGAAAUGAUUUAAACACUUUUUACAGACUCCAUGCCAUGGGCUAUUUCUUAAAAGUUUGCAGGUUUGUCUGGAAUGUAACUCGACCUGAUCUUCCACUCCAGCUUCCAUGUUUCCAUCCUGCUUGUUCUCGUCUUGCUUGUGUUUUUUACCUCAGGUGAUUAGCAGGGUUGGU